AUGGGAUAAUUGUCAUGUGCUUAAAUAGAGAAGCCAGAUACCAAUUUGUAUAGGUUGACAUUGGAUUUCAAUAAACAAGAAAAUAAGAAUUCAUUUGAUAGAUCCAAUUCCUUUUCUUAAAAAUAUGAAAUUGGUAAAUACUUAAAAGUAGGAAAGAAUCCUAAAUUGGAUGAAAUGUGGGCAGAAAAACUGAAUUCAUUUAAAGUUUAUGAUGAACCCACUAGAACCUCUUCAAAUUAUAGAAAUUCGCUUUCAAAACCAGAUAAUAUAAAAUAGUUUUUCUAGGAUUGUCCUUUAAUAACAUAGGAUUAUGAAUAUUAUAUGUUUAGAUUUUUCAUUCAAGAGAAAUAGGGGUUUAAAUACUAUGGAUUGAUAGGUCUUCCAUAAAAGUAUAGAUGGGGAUAUUGGAAAGUUAUCACCUUACAAAAGGGUAUAAUGCAUAAAAAGAUGGAUAAGCAAAUAAGUGAAGCAACUUAUUGUAUUAAGAAAGACAUAAACAGAACUUUGAUUAAUGAUGUAUUCAAAGAGGAGGCUGUUAUAGACAAAUUAGAUUAUGUCCUUAACAAUUUAGCUAAUUUAUAUCCUAAAGUAGGCUAUUGCCAAGGUAUGAAUUACAUAGCAGCAUUAUUUUUGAUGGUUUCAGGAGUUUAAGAAAAAGAAACCGUGUGUGUGUUUGCUGAACUACUUGAUUCCUCCUUUUACAUGUUUAAUCUGUUGUUUUAAGAUGAUUUACCUUUGCUUUUUAUUAUGGAGGAAAUCAUUAUGAAAUUGAUAUAAGUGAGAUUACCAAAAGUAUAUGAUCAUUUUAUCCAAUGCAAUAUCUCCCCUUCAAUUUGGAUAAGUAAGAUUUUACUAAGUGGAUUUGUAUACUUGUUUGAUCUAUUGGAUUGCGUAUUAUUUUGGGAUUACAUUUUUAUUAAGGGAUCUGUGUUAGGAUACACAGACCUAAUAAUUUCAAUGGUGACUAUCCAUCAAGAUGCCUUGCUGACUAAAGAUGAAGCUGAUCUUUCUUCAUUUUUUAAUUUUCAAGAGUAAAAAGUUAGAUGUGCAGAGGACAUCAUUAAAUAAGCCUUGCUUAAACCAAUAGAAGAAAAAGAGAUUAGAAAAAUAAUGAGAAAAACAGAUAAAAAAUUAGAUUUGGUGGAGCUAUUUAAAUUCUUUGGAAAAGAAGGAUUUGAGAAACUGUAUUAGAAAUUCUCGAAUGGGAUUACGAAAUGA